GAAUAUUUUUCAAGAUAUUCUUCACAGAGACACGUUUGUAAAGUCCUUUUUGGAACAGGUAUUUUUAUUGUAUCUUAAUGCAAGUUGUGACAUUUCUAUCUACAAGAUGAUUCACUAUUGCAAAGUAAAUUUCAAAUUCAAGUUAAAAAUAGCCAAACUAAAAAACAUGCAAACUGACUUGGAGAAUGUUUCCAAAGAUUUACAACCAGUAAUAAUGGAACCUUGCCUCGCCUAUGGCUGCAGGUAUCACUCCAGCUUAAGCCAGCAAAGUCUGUAACACUCUCCACUGAGACUGAGAAGUAGACCUUAGCUAUGCUUCUGGUUUGACUACUGUCCUUGAAUUUGAAAUUCUCUUUGAAUGCUAACUUUAUCAUAUAACUGCUAGUCUAUAUACCUGUUAACACAAUACUAUCAUUUUAUCGUUAAGAAUACGUUUGUGGAAUUUUAGUAUUUUUAGUAUUUUGCCAUAUUUGCCUGAUUGUGGUGUGUCAUGGAGUAGGCAAAACAAAUUAUCUAGUUAACCCCUUAAGGACUCAACUUCUGGAAUAAAGCUAAAAUUUUAUUUCAAGUUUUGUACACUGCAUGGAGUGUCGGUAAAUGUGUGAAUACAGAGUUAUAUUUGUUUGGAGAGUUGGUAUGUCUGAAUAGUGGGUACAUUUCUGUGGAGGGUUAAUGAGUAUGAACAUUUAGGGAUGCAGGUUUGUAGAAAACAUGUGUUUGUAUCCAAGCAUGUGUGAAUGUAAGAGUGUAUAGUUUUGUUAAAGGAACACUAUAGGUUCAGGAAUAGAAAGUGUAUUCCUGAUCCUGUAGUGUUUAAAAUGCAGUUAGCCCUCUUGCUCCCCUUAGAAAUUGUAAAAGCUCACCUUUAUUCUACUCCCCUUCAAUUCUGAUGAUGUCCGCCAAGGGGGUGGGGGCAGAGCCAAAUGUUGCCCUGGCAAAUCAGCAUCUCCUCAUACAGAUGCAAUGAAUCAAUGCAUCUCUAUUGGGAAAGUUCAGUGUCACCAUGCAGACCCUUUUUCCUCUAAAAAGGCAGUGUUCACAGCAAAAUGCCUGCAGGGACUGACUUUACUCACCAGAACAACUACAUUAAGUUGUAGUUGUUAUGGUGACUAUAGAGUCCCUUUAAAGGGACGCUAUAGUCACCAAAACAACUUUAGCUUAAUGAAGCGAUUUCGGUGUGUAGAUCAUGUUCCUGCUGUCUACCGCGACAUUUCUUUGCCAUUUUGGAGUUAAAUCACUUUGUUUAUGCAACUCUAGUCACACCUACCUGCAUGUGACUUACAUAGCCUUCCUAAACACUUCCUGUAAAGAGUCAUCUAAUGUUUGCACUUCCUUUAUUGUAAAUUCUGUUCAAUUUAAAAUGUAGUAUCUCUUGCUCUGUUAAUAGCUUGCUAGACCCUGCAGGAUCCUCCUGUAUGUAAUUAAAGUUCAAUUUACAGAGCAGGAGAUAAAAACAUCUAAAGUAAGUUAUCAAAUUGAAAACAAAACUAUAUUAUUUAAUGCAGGCUGUGUCAGUCACAGCCAAGGGAGGUGUGGUUAGGGCUGCAUGAACAGAAACAGAAGGGAUUUGAGCAGUGAUACUGCAGAAGCAUGAGCUAUACACCAAGGCUACUUCAUUAAGCUAAAGUUGUUUUGGUGACUGUAGUGUCCCUUUAACCUAGACACACAAGUGCUGCAGAAUGAAGUGUGUUUAGUGCAGCACAUGUAAGCAUAAAUCACCCCAAUAAGCACCUCAGUGACAUUUACUGAUGUCUAGGAAAGUGAAACUGACACUUUCAGAGCACUAACAGUUCUGCAUUAAGGGGAUGUUAAUAUUUUUUUCCUUAACAAGUUAAUUUGCUUGUAUGUCUUCCAUUAUGGUUGAGGAAAAUAUAAAGAGAAAGAGAUAUGCAUAAUAUUUGCCCGUGAGUUUAAUAAAAUGUUGACUUAUCAUUACAUUAGGAAAAUUCUCUAAUUCCCUACCUUAAGCAAACAUAUUUGUAUAUGGCCAGUCCACUUGCACAGAGUAUAUAGAUGGAAUGUAAUUUCCUACCCUUGACUGUCGUAUUUGUAUAUGAUCAGUCUGCAUUAUACAGCCUAGCAAGUUUUAAUAUCUGUUCUGUCGGAAGAAAUUACAGAUGGAAAUUGCAGAGAGGCACCUUGUUCAAAUAGAACAUAAGUAAUGUGUUGAUUAAAACUCAGCCCUUUAAACAUUUUUACUGAGCUGUACCAUAAUCAUAAACAGUUUCUGAGCAUUUUAGGUUCUGGUUGGUUUUGUUCAUCUGUCUCCUUAUGUGUCUUUAAACUUAUCUACACAGUGAAUGUGUAUUUAGUGCUUUUUUUAUACAUAUCUAUUUCUACACAAACAAAUUGCAUCCUUUUUAUUUUUGCAUAAUUCACCUUUUUUAUGCAUUAGGUCUUCCAGUUGAAACCUAACUUAUCCCUAAGAAGCACAUUCCUGGCACAGUUUCUGCUAAUACUUCACAGAAAGGCCUUGACCCUGAUUAAAUACAUAGAGGAUGAUACGUAAGUUCAUAGAUUUUACAUAAUUAAAACCCUAUAUAUAAAUAUCGCUAAAGAUCCUAAGAACAAUCCAUUUUGAUCAUCAUUUAAUUUUUGAUGUCUUUAAUUUGAUUGUGUGUAAUAUUAGAUAUUAAUACAUUGGAAGACUGUACAAGCAAAUAUGAUGCAUCUGUUAAUAAACUAAAGUUCCUAUAAACUAGUUCCAAGAAAAGAUGCGCUUCAAAGUUAUUUGAAAAGGGCUUGGAGGAACUAUUAUGGGUUAUUUUUGUGAUCAAUUUUGUUUUCCCCAUAUAAAAGAAGAAUAUAUUUGUUAGGAUCAUAGUAGUAUUUGAAUUUUUUCCCAUGAUCAUUUUAAAGAUUAAAAUUAUUUGUGUUUGUAUGUCUUUCAGACAAAAAGGCAAGAAAGUCUUUAAAUCACUACGUAGCUUAAAAACGGACCUGGAUCUGACAGUAGAGGGCGAUCUAAACAUUAUCAUGGCUUUAGCUGAAAAGAUUAAGCCAGGGCUUCACUCCUUCAUAUUUGGAAGGCCUUAUCACAUCAGUGUGCAAGAGAGAGACAUGUUAAUGACAUUUUAAAAAUGUCCACAAUCAUGCUGAAAGUUAUAAUGCUUCUGUAUGGACAUAUCCGACAUUCUAUAAAGUGCCAGGAUUCACAUGGACAGAGACAGUAACUGGUAUUGGGUUUUUUCUAUCCUUUUCUGAAGGUGCCUCAUUUGUUCUCACAUACAGAAAAUAUUGAAACCAUGGAAUCACUUUGCAUGUUGUCAUGUCUGCUGUAUGAUCUGACCAUUCUGAUUAUUAGUAGACUGAGUAUAUAUGAAUGAGCUGAUUUGUUUAUGUUUUUGUGCUGAACACAGAUCAAUGUGAAUCUAGGCAGAAGACUUAACCAGAGAUAUUUACAAAAAGGUGAAAUUACACAAUAUAAUUCACAAUGUAUCUGGUUUGUAUAGCUUCUGGAAGUAAAAUGUAUUAUGUUUCUUAAAUUUUAUUUAUAAAAAUGAUCAAAAUGUCUACAAAGCAACUUUCUUUUUUUUUUUUUUUGAGAGGUAUUGUCAUCCAUGUAUAUAUUGAGGUAUGUGUUAAGACAAAUCUUUGCAUCGUGUAACAUUUUUGUGCCAGCUUGCAUAAGUACCUUUAUGAUUGCUGUGUUCUUGGAAUAAAGAUCUUUGUGCCUAAUUUUUGUGUCCCUAGCUCAGAACAGUAUGCAUUUAUUUAGAAUAAUUACUGUGCUUGGAAAGAGCAAGCUGAUGUUUAACCCCUUAAGGACAUAGCUUCAAAAGAGUGUCUGUCCCUUAGAGGGACACUAUAGUCACCAGAACAACUACAGCUUAUUGAAUUUGUUCUGGUGAGUAGAAUCAUUACCU